AUGCAACAACAAGAGUCUACUGUGGCGGCCACACCAUCGUUACAAACAAAUCGACUUUAUUAUUUUCGUCGAUAUGCAAUACCUGUUAUUAGCAGUUUGACUGGCUUCAUGGCCAUUGCUUGUAUUGGGUCGUUGCUUAUUAUGUAUUUUACUCGUCAUAGAAAUGCUGUUUCACCACUUUUACCUUAUCCUAAUAUUGUCUGUUAUCAGCGUUCAUGUGGGUGUCCUAAUUCUGAGAAUGGAAUAUCUUUUAUUCCUAGAAUAGUUGGUGGCCAACAAGCACCAGCUUAUAUUUAUCCGUGGCUUGUGUCAUUAACUGAUCGUUAUCGGGUAGAUCCAUUUUGUGCUGGAUUUAUUAUAUCUCCUAAUGUUAUUCUGACGGCUGCUCAUUGUUUAAAUAAUCGAAAUCCUGAUCGAAUACAAAUAUUAUCGAAAAUUCAUGAUCUACGAGAUUUCAAAGGUGAUCGACAUGAUAUUGAUCAAUGGAUAAUUCAUUCGGAAUAUCGAAACAAUGAUAGUAUGCAUCUGAAUGAUAUAGCUCUUGUUAAAGUACAACAAGAUUUUGCAACAGAUCUUCAACCUUGUUGUCUACCAAGAAAAAAAUCUAAUGUUUUCCCUCGACCAAAAACACAAGCAGUCAUUAGCGGUUGGGGAGCAGUGUUAACGAAACCAACUAGUCGAAAUUCUCCGGUUCUUCAACACGUUGUCGUACCUAUUGUUGAUCAUAAAAACACGAGAUGUUAUCAUUCCAUCGCUGAUAAAUCUCGACAAAUAUGUGCUGGUUAUGAUACACUUGCUAUUGAUUCAUGUUCAGGUGAUAGUGGAGCUCCAUUACUCGUUGUUCAACACGAUGGUGAUGAACAAUACUUUGUUGCUGCAGGUAUUGUUAGUUAUGGAAAUAAACAAUGCGAUGCAUCGAUUUCAUCGGGUGUUUACACACGUAUUAGUUUUUAUGUCGAUUGGAUUGAAGCGACUCUCAAUUAUUUGUAA